AUGCCCGUCGUCAAGGGAGGAGUUUGGACCAAUAUCGAAGAUGAGAUCCUCAAGGCUGCGGUCUCCAAAUACGGUCUCAACCAGUGGGCGCGUGUGUCUUCGUUGCUCGCGCGCAAGACCCCCAAGCAGUGCAAGGCGCGAUGGACGGAAUGGCUGGACCCGGGUAUCCGCAAGAUUGAAUGGAGCAGGGAAGAGGAUGAGAAGCUCUUGCAUUUGGCCAAGCUGAUGCCGACGCAAUGGCGCACGAUUGCCCCCAUAGUCGGCCGCACGGCCACCCAGUGUUUGGAGCGCUACCAAAAGCUUCUUGAUGAGGCAGAGGCGCGCGAGAGCUCCGAGUUUGGACUGGCUGGCCCAGAAGGAGGAGAGACUCAGGCACCAUCUGCAGACGAUGUGAGAAGGCUCAGGCCGGGGGAGUUGGAUCCCGACCCGGAGAGCAAACCUGCGAGACCAGACACUAUCGAUAUGGAUGAGGAUGAGAAAGAGAUGUUGUCCGAAGCAAGAGCGCGGUUAGCCAACACGCAGGGAAAGAAAGCUAAGCGCAAGGCCAGGGAGAGACAAUUGGAGGAGAGUAGACGUCUGGCUGUGUUACAGAAGCGGAGAGAGCUGAAGAGCGCUGGUAUCAACAUCAAGGUCACGACCAAGAAGAAAGGUCAAAUGGACUACAAUGCCGAUAUUCCCUUCGAAAAGGCGCCUGCUGCAGGAUUUCAUGAUACACAGGAUGAACAGACGCAGAACGAAUUUGCGCGGGAGCAGUUCGAUCCUCGCAAGCAGCAGCUGGCCAACAAACGAAAGGGUGAUGGACAAGAAGAUAAUGCCCAAGAGCACAAGCGAAGGAAAAACGACAAGUCUGAUAGCGGCGCAGCAGCAUUUGCAGCAGCAGCCAAGGCAGGGCAAAUGCAGCGAAUUCGAGAGGCCGAGCAAAGUAGCAAGCGACGAGGCCUUGUCUUGCCCGCUCCUCAGGUCAGCGAGAGUGAGCUUGAGGAUAUUGUCAAGAUGGGCAUGUCUGGCGAGCGAGCGCAUAUGCAGGCUGAAGGCGAGAACGAUGCUACGAGGGGUUUGGUCAGCAACUACUCGAACACCGUUGGAGCAACACCCAUCAGAACGCCCCGUGCGCCUCAAGAGGAGGACAGAAUCGCCAAUGAACUACGAAAUGCAAAGGCUCGAACUCAGACCCAAUCCGCACUCUUUGGUGGCGAAAACGCCGCGGUGGUGGAAAAUAGCGCCACUACUGGUUACGGCGGGAUUGCUCCCUCGAAGCAAGCAACGGCGACUCCAAAUCCCAUGGCAACUCCCUUCCGACAACAAAAUGGUGGGAGUGCAGUCGGUGCCACACCAUUGAGGACACCAAGAGAUAACUUUCACCUCAACCAGGAGGAUGGUUCCAUGCAACUUGUUGGUCAAACUCCGCGAGACGUCCGAUUACGCGAGCAGGCAACUCGAAAUACACUCCGUGGAAAACUGGCAAGUCUACCGAAGCCUCAGCAAAAUGAAUGGGAACUUGAAGCUACGCCAGGAGACCGGGAAGAGAUUUCUACUUCUAUGGAGCUUAGAUCAGAGGAUGCGGCUGUUCGUGAUCAGCGAAAUGCUGAGAUGGCUCAUGCGGCGGCCCUGGCAGAUUUCAGGCGGCAGACGAAAGUAGUGCAAAAAGGACUACCACGACCAAAGGUUGUCGACAUCACUGCUAUGCUCAAGGCUGCCAAAGUUAUACAGGACCCGGUAGAGCGGCAAAUUGCAGAAGAAGCUGCGCUUCUGAUGGCGAAUGAUGCACAGACAUUCAAAGGGGCCAUACUCAACGGUAAAGCUAAGCCUCUGGAAUUGUUCGAUGAUGACAGGCUCCAACGGGCUCAACUGGAAGUCAUCCUUGACAUGGGCCAGGACAUGGAGCGGUCUCAAUUUGGCAAGGCCUUUGAAGCAGAAUGGGAAAAGGCUCACGCAAGCACAGCUCUCCCCGGGCUCGCUGGCUAUGCCGAAGAUGAGCUGGAUGAAGAACAGCUACUCACGGAGGCUUUCGAUACUAUUCAGGACGACAUCACAAAGGCCUCCGAAAAGGGCAAUGCCCUUGAGAAGAAACUUGCAAAACAUCAUGGUGGAUACCUGGAACGACAGAAGAAGUUGAAGCUAAAGGUGAGCUCACAAUAAAGGUGCUCCCAAUAGUAGAAUGAAUGUUGACUAACACCAUUAUAGAUUCUCGAAGCCAGUGAGGCACUUGCCCAAACGAGGCUGGACACGGAAGUCUCACGCCAAGCCCAAGUGGCCGAGGAAGCUGGAAUCCAAGGGCGGCUCGAAAAGCUAAGAGAAGAGGUCGCAUUGGUCAGCCGAAGAGAGCGAGAAGCUCAAGAGGUUUUCCGAGAACGGAGAGAUGAGCUGAAGAGCCUAGCAUAG